CAUGUCUCACAUGCUGGGACAACCCGCUCCGCAAAAAAUUUUCUAUCGACUAUAUCUAUCUCUCAUUCUUUCGCUCUCUCUCUCUCUCUCUCUCUCUCUCUCUCUCUCUCUCUCUCUCUCUCUCUCUCUCUCUGUGUUUCAAUGGCAGCACUAUGUGUUCAGUAACCUCUACUGUAGUUGGUACGAAUGGAUUUCUAUAUCUGUCUUUUCUUGCUUUUUUGGAAAUGUAUCGUUUACUGCGGGUCAAUGGUUGAAAUUCCAAUGUCAGUGGAUGGCUAUAUUGCAUCUAUCAAGAUAUAAUUAGUCCCAUAAGCACGAUGAAUGUUUUGCAAAGUCAAGAGGAGGUCAGGCAUUUCAGUGAAGAGCAAAAUAUGCACCAAUUAAAAAACCCAAACAAACGCCAAUUGCAGACCAAGAAGACAAACACUUUUUAAAAUUGUCAAAAUCUACUAAUUGUAGGCCUAUUUAUUGAACUCUCUUAGAUUUUUUUUAGUCUUACGAAUAAUAGGUCCUAAAGUAACGUUAAUGGUAAUCAUACAAUUGCUUUUAAAAAAUGAAAAACAUUUGUUCUGAGGAAAAACAGGCGAAAACGACAAUUUAAUAUUGAAAUUUAUCGCAGAAUCCCUUGCUGUAACAGACCUAAAUAAUUUAGUUUUAGUGUUCAUUGACACCAUGUCAUAACCUGUAUUUCAAAAGAAUUUUUUAAAUAAACCACUUUAUUUUGGAAAUUGCGGGUUUCUUUGCUCUACAUAUUCUUGAUUUUCUAUUUUGAUAAACACAAAAUCAAACUAUAAAUUGCUUUUCAAGAAAAUCAGAAUCGUUGUUUUUGCAAAAAUUUGAGCCACGCUUUUGUAUAGUCGUAUUCGAUAUUUAUAAGACAGAGCAAGUAUUUCCACACCCCCCUCGAUCUUCAAAAUUGGACUAUUCAAUAAUCGAUGUUCGCCCUUCCGCUGCACUGCACAGCAGAAGGAGUUCAUAUUGACUUGUAAUGCAGGAUGUUUUGGGUUCGAGAAGCUGAGGAGAGCUAAACUUCUGCACAAGUGUUCAGUUGAGCUUGAGUUUCAUAGAAGAUGGCAUCAGAUGAUAUGAUAUAUGGCAUACCAGAUUCUGACGACAACGGUGACACACGUCUGCUUCGAAUAAAAAUUGUUGAAGGUGUCAAUUUGGCAAAAAAAGACAUUUUUGGUGCCAGUGACCCAUAUGUGAAGAUUUCAUUGCUUCAAAAUGAAGUACUUGUGGAUACAAAGCAAACAUCUGUGGUUCGAAAGUCUCUAAAUCCAAAAUGGUACGAGGAAUAUGUAUUCAGGGUCAAUCCCAGUGACAAUGUCGUCAUGGUGGAAGUCUUUGAUUCCAACAGAGUGACUCGAGAUGAUUUUCUUGGUCUUGUGGAAAUACCCUUGAAUCAUGUGAAUAUUGCGACAGAGAGAGAGGGAAGAGACAUAACGUGCAAAAAUUUUGUACUGAGGCCAAGAAGUUCUAGGUCGCGAGUGAAAGGACAUCUCACCCUCUACCUUGCAUACCUCGCGCGAGAAGAUCAGGAUGAAACAGAAGCUGACGAGGCAGCCUCGGAGCAGCCCCCGAGUGAGCAGCCUGGCUGGGAAAUGGUACAUUUGGACAACGGUGAACAAAACGAUGGUGAAGAAGAAGAAGCAGCACCGCCGGGCCGCUACGAGGAGCCUUUGCCGCCUGGGUGGGAGCAGCAGACGGACCCAACGGGGCGAGUGUACUACAUUAACCACACCAGUCGCACCACACAGUGGAACAGACCAACAGAGUCCUCUACUUUGCCAUCAGGCUGGGAGGAGAGAACAGACGCCAACGGCAGAUUCUAUUAUGUCAACCAUUUCACUCGUUCUACACAGUGGGAGAGACCAACUGGCGCGGCAGCAACCCCUUCAGCACAGGAAGUCCAGAGGCAGCGCAGUCUAGAAGCACAGCAGCUUUACAGAAAUCGCAGACACAUCAGCCAAGAUGAUGCCAUCAGUAUAACGUCCUCGGUUAGCGAGUCGGACUUGUCCGUCCAAGAAGAGAGACGGCACAACAGAAGGAGCAUGCCAGCUCCUGAGGAUGGAACGGAUGAUGGAGAAGAAGAGCCCUUGCCAGCUGGCUGGGCCAUCGGCAUCGCACCCAAUGGACGGACGUUUUACAUUGACCACAACACAAAGGCAACUAGCUGGGAAGACCCACGCAAACAGCUGUUACACAGAGGUGGAUCUUUGCGAAAUGUGGAAUCUCCCAGUCCCAUGUUCAGAUCAAACUCACAAGAAGACUUGCUGCACAACCUUGGGGCUCUGCCUCCUGGUUGGGAAGAGAGGACCCACGCAGAUGGACGCGUGUUCUUCAUCGAUCACAAUAAUAAAACUACACACUGGGAAGAUCCAAGACUCCACAAGUUGGGUGGACCGGCUGUUCCCUAUUCCAGAGACUACAAGAGAAAGUACGAGUACUUUAGGUCGAAACUGCGAAAGCCUAGUGGCUUGCCCAACAAGUUUGACAUCAAGGUGACCAGGAGAAAUGUGUUUGAAGACUCCUUUAGAGUGAUAAUGGGAGUGAAAAGUGCAGAUCUUUUGAAAACCAGGUUAUGGAUCGAGUUUGAUGGAGAGAUCGGCUUGGAUUACGGUGGUGUCGCACGUGAAUGGUUUUACCUCCUGUCCAAGGAAAUGUUCAACCCGUAUUACGGCUUGUUUGAGUACUCUGCAACAGACAAUUAUACUCUUCAAAUUAAUGCCUUAUCUGGCAUUCUCAAUGAGGAUCACCUCACGUACUUUGAGUUUAUUGGACGAAUUGCAGGGAUGGCGGUUUUCCAUGGAAAAUUGUUGGACGCAUUUUUCAUCAGGCCAUUCUACAAAAUGAUGCUGCGGAAACAAAUCAUGCUCAAUGAUAUGGAGUCAGUGGAUUCUGAAUACUACAACUCGUUGAUCUGGAUUCAAGACAAUGAUCCAUAUGUUUUGGAUAUGACAUUCUCCGUGGAAGAAGAUCAGUUUGGAGAGCUGUGUGAUAAAAUGGCGGUUUUCAUCUCGUGUGGAUGUCCAGAUGAAGGCUUUCAUGAAAGGAUUCAACGCCCUCAUUCCUCAAAAUUUACUACAAAUAUUUGACGAGAAUGAAGUUGAGCUUCUGAUGUGUGGCCUGCAAGAUAUUGACGUGAACAACUGGAAGCAAUACACAGCCUACAAGGGGGAGUAUAACCCCAACCACCCAGUCAUCAUCCACUUCUGGAAACUUCAACAGGCUGGAUCUGCCACUGUAUGAAAGCUAUUCUGACCUCCGGAGCAAGCUGAUUACUGCAAUCGAGAACACCCAAGGUUUCGAGGGAGUGGAUUAGCGGCCCGGCUGCCUGGAGAGAGAGUGGUUGAUAUUUGAGGCUGUUUUCCCGGACAUGCCUUUUGACUGCAGUUACUGAUUCUCUGUUUGUCUGCCUCUGCUAUGGUCAAAGAAAAAGCAAGCAAGUGAAAGCCCCUAAUGCCCUACGUCUCCGUGGAAAGCUGGGCUCUUGACUUCACACUCGUGGGUCCUUACCAUAAAGCUGUUCUGUUUUGUUGGGGUGGGUGGGUGGGAGGGGGGUGGGGGGAAUUUUUCUUCUUCUUUGCAAACACUUGCCUUUGUCUAUUUCUUAUGAUUAUGUAGAUGGAACUUAACCUUUUUGAGUAAAAGCUUGGUAUGUAAAUAGGUCUGCCGUUUUCAUUUCAUAAUACGUUACUUCAUGUACAGUAAAUCCCAGAAAAUCAGAAUGGCCACUGCGUGACUUUGCUUCAUGUAUUUUGCACCCUUUUUGCUUUUGUUUGUGAAAUGAUCCAGUGAGUAGUGAGCAGGCACUGUCCUUUUCUUGUCCUAAUGUUCCUUUUUUUUUCUUUUUUCCCCCUCCCCAUGGUUUCUGUACUGAUGUCUGUGGCUGUGAUACCUUUUUGACUAUUUAAGUGUAUGAUUCCUGGGUAUUCUUCUGUGAUGUAGUGUUUUUGUUUCAAACUGUUUCUCAGCGUUACGACUUGUGCUACAUCCACUUACUUUUCCACGCAUAUAUAUACACACGCACUUUAUACUCAUGUGCCUUCUUAUUUUGUCUCAAUACACGUUUUGCAUGAAAAUGCUUGCUGUGUUGUGAUCAUGAAAGACACUGUACAACUUUCUCUGUGAGGUGUGAAUGGUACGUUUUUUUACAGCUCAAAGAAGCCAACUUUGUGUGUGUGGUCUUUAUGUGAAAUAUUUAUACCCGAUAUGGUCGUCUUUUAUGACUCGACUGAACGUGUGAACGGAUUUGUGUAAGUGCAGCACUGUGAGAAGUGUGUUGUGUGGGAGCGUGUGGUCUUGUCGUUAUGGCUGAAGGAAAAUACUUUGCUCGUUACGGUCUUCUGGUAUGGACCUAAGUUCAUGUAAGGUUAGUGUGUUCUGAGACCCAGUGGACAAAAUUGCCAAACCCAAACUUGUUUGUCUUCAAUAAUGAUAACAGUUGGUCAGUUGUUCUGAUGCACCGAGCCCAACAUUUGGAUACUUACUCCGUGGUAUCGGUUUCAUUAUUUGUGCUUGAGAAAUGUUAUGUAAAAAUUCAAAUUCUGAGUUUUUUAAAGAAAAGCAAUAAAAGCCACAGAAUGUCGAUAGGCUUAUUGUUUGGAUUGUUUGGA